AAAAAAAUAUUUAGGGAAAAAUCUCACAAGUGUGCAGAUAUGAUGUAGAUGUUCGAAGUGAAACGCGUUUCAAAUUCAGUCCAUCGUGAAAUGUCCAUUUUGUGAUAGUGAAGUGAAAAGAUGAAAGAUAAAUACGAACUGGAAAACCCUCCGGUCGAGGAUGAAGGGUUACAGAUGGGUAAAUUUGAAAUGAAACGCGAGGCUAUUCCUGAGAAAACAAACGACGAAGCAACGAAUAAAGUCGGCCUUACACCGGAAUCAGAAACAAGAUGUGGAUUCGGAUGCUUUUAUCCAAAAUGGCUUCAAAUUUUAGCCAGCAAAAAAACAUUUGUGGUUGUUUACGCUUUUGCUGGAAUGCAACAGUUCAUUAUAGGUUCCUACUUCAUAGGAACCCUCAGUACGAUUGAGAAGAAUUACAAUAUGUCGAGUAGAAUGUCAGGCAUCAUCACCGGAAUCUGGGAUUUAGGAAGUUUAGUGACAAACAUAGUUAUCACUUAUAUCGCAGCCAAAGGUCAUCGUACACGAUGGGUAGCCGCAGGAAUGUUUCUGGCUGGAAUUUCAUGUUUCAUGAAAAUCCUGCCGUAUUUAGUUUUUGGUCCAGGACAAAAUGUGAAAAUGUAUACCAAAGAGUACAAGGAUAUUUUUUCUGAAAAUAUGCUGAAUAAUUUAACUCAAAUUGAUAAAAUGAGCACAAAUGUCAACUGCGGAGCAGAUAACAGUAUGGUAGACAUCUUCGCAUUUUGUAUUUUUUUCGUCUCUAGUAUCGUAUUAGGAAUGGGUACAGCGGUUUAUUGGACCUGUGGCGCCGCAUAUUUGGAUGAUAACGCGCGUAAAAAUAUUGUCCCAGUAUUACUAGCUGUUGUGCAAUCUAUUCGAUUAUUUGGGCCAACGAUCGGAUUUCUCAUUUCUUCAUACGCUUUGAAAAUUUACAUUGAACCGAAUUUAACUCCUACCAUAAAUAACGAAGAUCCUCGAUGGGUGGGAGCCUGGUGGAUUGGUUGGUAUCCUAUCGGUGUUUUAUGCUGGGUGAGCGCAGCUCUCCUCGUUAUGUUUCCAAGAACACUUCCUCGAGCUGCACUCCGCCGACAAACCGAUCCUCAAGAGCCAGAAAAUCUCUCAUGGAAUGAUUUCAAGGUAUCUCUAACACGUAUAAUGAAAAACAAGGUCGUUGUGCUGAAUUCCUUCAGUUCAGUUUGCUUUGCUAUGGGUUUAAUGGCGUAUUGGACUUUCAUGCCUAAGUAUAUGGAAUCUCAAUUCAGACUAUCGGCUUCCAAAUCAAAUUUUUUAACUGGAACUGUUGGAAUAUUAUCCAAUGCCUUGGGAAUUAUGACAGCUGGUUUAGUCAUUUCGAAACUAAAACCAUCGCCGAGGUUUCUCGCUGGAUGGAACGUAUUUGUGGAAUUUUUAGAUUGCAUCGGCCAUGCUUCUUAUUCCUGGUUGAGUUGUCCUGAACAACCUUUUCAUGGGCAUUGGAACGAUGACCAUCAUACUUGGAAUUUAACUGAAAGUUGCAAUGUGAAAUAUCAAUGUGGUAAUGAUAUACAAUAUGCUCCAGUGUGUGAUAUGAGUCGUGGAAUUGCCUAUUACUCUUCAUGUCAUGCUGGAUGUCAAAAAUCAUCUAGAAUUAACGAUACAUUGAUGUAUCACAACUGCAGUUGUGUGCCUGAUUUUGGAUCAGUUACCGAUGGAAUAUGUCCUAUCGAUUGCUCCAAGAAUAUAUUAAUUUUUGUCAUCAUCUUAGGAACACUGAGUUUCACUUCAGCCACAGGUCGAUCGGCAAACACACUCAUACAAUUCAGAUGUGUCGAUGACAAAGAUAAAUCUCUCUCAAUUGGUGUAACCGAAGGUUUAUUAUCGUUAUUAGCGUACAUGCCGGCGCCAAUAUUCUUUGGAAUAAUCAUGGAUUGGGCAUGUACAGUCUGGGGUGAUAAUUGCGGAUCAAGGGGCAAUUGCUGGAUUUACGAUAGUGGAAGGUUGCAAAUGUUCAAUUUUACAGCAGCAAGUUUUCUCCUACUGGGCGUAAUACUUGAUAGUUUUGUAUGGUAUCAUGUCAAAGGGUUAAGAAUAUACGAUGAAGAUUUUGAAAAAGCAAACGAUAUUCAAGACAAACCUAAACUUGUUUCGAAGAACAAUAAUAUUAAGAAUGAAGUAGAACUACCUCUGAUAUCAAGUCCAAACAAUGCAGAAAAUAAAUAAUUUUUCAACCAUA